UCGAAGGUAGACGUGUGCGAAUCAAAACAAAUACAACGAAAAAUGAAAUUGAUAUGUGUAUGUGUGGUCGUAUUUGCUCUCAUUGUGUAUAUAAGUGCAAGCCAGCCUCAAACGCCGCUUAUAAAAAAUGUAUUCCGCGGUGGCACACAUCUGGAAGGCCCACACUUUGCUAAAGAUGAAAGUGCACUUUACUGGGUUGAUAUAAAGGAGCAGAAAGCUUACAGACUUGACAUAGACACCGGCAAUAUAACGAAUAGAUACAUAGAAUACGGUCCCGUGAGCCUGAUCGUAAGAGUAAAAGAUUAUCCUAAGUUAGUGGUCGUAUCUUCAAGAUCCGAACUCUAUUUCCUGCCAUGGGAUGCGCCCGCAGGUGAUAAUGCACUACGACUAUUGACUGCCGUGGACAUAGGCUUGCCUGACAAUAGAGUCAAUGAUGGCAAGGUCGACGCUAAAGGAAGACUUUGGUUCGGAACUAUGGGUAAUGAAGUGAACGGAGUAAUAGAGAAAGACCAAGGCACGUUAUAUGCAAUAACAGAACACACCUUCACGCAUCCUCAGGAGAAAGUACGACCCGUGUCAAUAUCCAACGGGAUCGCGUGGACAUUAGAUAACAAGUUCAUGUUCUAUAUCGACUCGCCUACCAGAAACAUUGACGUGUUCGAUUACGAUCUUGAAUCGGGGACGUUACGCAACCGUAGAGUGUUAUUCAGUUUCCAAGCAAACAAUGUCACAGGUGUUCCAGAUGGGAUGACCAUUGACAGGGAUGGAAACUUAUGGAUUGCAUGUUACGAUGGAGGAAAGAUAAUCAAAGUGGAUCCAAGGGCAGGAAAAUUGAUGGAACACCACAAAAUACCAGCAAGCAAAGUCACGUCACUAACUUGGGGUGGAUAUGACUACUCAACAUUGUAUGUGACAACCAGCAGCCUUGGAUUAAACCCGUUACAGAAAACACAGGAACCUGAAGCAGGAUCGCUUUUUGCUAUAGAGUUCACAGGCUCCAGAGGAAACCCUGAGAAUCAACUAAUAUUUGCGAAUGCUGAUAAAUAUUAAUAAGAUAAUAAUAUAUAGUAUCAACUUUUUCAUAUUCUCUUGCACUAUAGUUUCAUUGUCUGACCAUGUGAAAACAUCUUGAAAAAAAAAUUAAAAUUGUCAUACAGGUUAACAGUUCCUGACAUAUUAUGAGUCUGACAUAAACCUGUAAUGUUCUAACAAUAAGUGAAGUCUGAACAAAGAUGAAUUCUACACACUAUAGAUUUAAGCCUUAACUAAAUAAAGGAAAAUAGCUGUUUUAUUUUAUACUAGUACAAGUGCUUCUCAACCGUUUGUUAUUGUUAAAAUGUUUAAAAAAAAUAA